AUGGCUGCCCAAGAAAUGAAUACAGAGAAUCAGAAAUAUCUGCCAGAUUAAGAACAAUAUCAAUUAAAUCCAGAAAAAGUGAAUGAUCAAAUAUUUGAUCAAGAUGGGCAAUAGCAAAAUUAAAAAUACUGUGAAACUAAUCCAAUGAGUAGUGUGUUAAAUCAAGUUUAUCAUGAUGAAGAUCCUAAGUUGAUGAAAAGGGAUUUAGUGAAAAAGAGAAAGUAAUAAGCAAAAAAAGAACGAUUAAUUUCAGCAAGAAGGCUAAAGAGAUUGUUGCGUAAAAAACCUGUUGAUAAGGUGAGAUUGGCAUAUUAAGCAUAUUUUUUCAUAGUUAGCGUAGCUGUAUUGACUUUAAGCAUUUUAUCUUACAGAGAUCAAACAGUGUAUGAAGGAGAUUAUAAAUAAUUUUUGGAUAAUAUGGGUUCAUAUGUAAUAGAUGAUAUUCAAUUUACUUAUACAAAUAAAAAUUGUAAGAGUUAAUUUGGAAGUGAAUAUUCUUCUUUAUAUGAAUAUUACUGGUCAGGAACAAUGAUUGGAUGUGAUUGUAGCUAAGGAUUUAACUUCUCAUUAUUAUAAGAUUAAAAUUUUGUAAAUAUAGAGGAGUUUUUUAAACAAUCGUUUAUGCUUGGAAGAGUUUGCAGUUAGGAAAUGUUGGCAAAAGGAUGUCAUAAUGUGAAUGAAUAAUAACCAAAAGUUUUUAAUUCUUGGAAUGAUGGUUCCUAUGGAAGACCCUUUGUUUUAUGUGCAAGAAGAAAGACUGGGAUAAGUUUACAAACAAAUUAGAGUUAUUGUGAAUCAGAAAACAAAACAGUAUGCGGAACAGGAGAUAAUAUAUUUUGUGUUCCACCUGAUAUGAGUUGUCCUAUUUCAGAAAUUGGAUUUACUACAAAUUCUACUUUCAAAAACUUGCAAAAAUUAAAUGAUACUAAUAAAGGAAAUAUCUAUGAUCUAGGAAAAGGGUUUUAUUUUUAUUAUUUAAAAAAUACUUCAAAUCUACCAGUUAUUGAGUUUAGAGCUACUGAAAGUGAUAAAGUUUGUAGGAGGAAUUUAAAUUAAAAUAUCUCUCCUAAUAGAAUCGACUAUCCUCUCAUGAUAGAUAGAAGAAAAUAAUGUGAAAAUACUGAUCCCUUAUUCAAAUUAAUCCAUUCUAUAGAUGAAGAAUAAUUUUAUUUGUCCAAUAAUGUCGUUUAUUUAAAAGAAAAGUUGCCUUAUUUCAACAUAGAUACAAAAUAUAAUUGGACCAUUCAUUCUAAGACUUAUAUUCCUUGGGCUCCAAAUUGUAGAGGAGAAUUAUUUGAUGAUGUGAUUCAUGAGGGAAGUACAUUAUUUUUUGUUUAUGUAUCAUUAAGAGUUUAAUUGGCAGUCACAAUAACAUAUUUUAUUGUUAUUGGUCUUAUAUUCAAUAUUGUAGGAACUAUGACUGCCUGCAAUUUUGCUUGGUCUUGUAUGACAACUCAUCCGGAUUCUUAGUAUAAUUAUAUAUUUAUAAUUGAAAUUGCCUUUAAGAUAGCAUUAUAAAUAGCUGAAAUUAUUGUUAUUUGUGUUUCAUUCUCUAUUAUAGAUGGAAAAAGACUAGUAAUUAAAGAUAUCAAUGAAAAUAACUGUGUUUCAGAUCCUGUUAGCGAUUACUUCUUUACAAACCUAGAAAGUGAUCUAACUAAUUUUGCCUGGUCUUACAACCUGGCAAAUUUAGUCAUCUUUUCAGUUACUAUAAUAUUAGAUUUAAUAAUAUUAAAACAUUCCUUUAAUAAGGGUCAUCAUCAUGGUGCAAAAAAGCAUCAUGAGAAGAAAGAACAUUAAGAACUAGAUAUUGGGUCACAUGGAGAAUCUGCAAAUUUACAAGAUGUUAAAAGCGAUUAAAAGUUAUCAGUUAAAGGCGAUGUAUUACAGACUCCAUAAUGA